AUGGAUAAGUCUUGGAUGCAUGCUGAUAGAAGAUCACGCACAUAUGAGUUAGGUGUUGAGGAAUUCCUUAGGUUUGCUGUAGAGAAUGCUAGUGAUGUAAAUAAUAUCUGCUGUCCCUGUUCGAAAUGUGGGAGCAUAGAUGGGAUGAUCUCAGCCAGGGUCAUAAAAGAUCAUCUAUAUUUUAAUGGUGUAGAUGAGAGUUACAAAGAUUGGGUAUGGCAUGGGGAACCAUCUAGGGCAACAGUGAAUGCUAAUGAAGGGGAAUCUGAAGCUACUGUAGAUAUGGUAGAAGAUGGAGAUGCAGCAGAUAAUAUAGGGUUGGGAGAUCAGGAAGAAAAAGGGGCUAGUGAAGAUGAAGAGUUUUUUGAAAAUGGUGAGGAUGAGCAGUAUUCUGUAGAAUCGAAUGACUUCAUGAGGUUAGUUGAGGAUGGAGAUAAAGCUUUGUAUCCCGGUUGUACCAAGCACACAAAGUUAAAUGCACUUAUACAGACUUAUAACCUUAAAGCAAAACAUGGAAUGUCCGAUGUGUGCUAUUCUGACAUGUUGAUCAUGAUCGGAAUAGUUCUCCCUGAGGGUAAUGAGAUACCUGGUUCGCAUUAUGAGGCUAAGAAGACUUUGGCUACAUUAGGAAUGGACUAUAAAAAGAUCCAUGCAUGUCCUAAUGACUGUAUUUUGUACAGAGGACAGCAUGCUGAUGCGAGUAGUUGUCCUACAUGUGGGGAGUCUAGGUGGAAAUUAGGCAAAGAUAAUAUCGAGAAGCAAGGGAGGAAGGAUGAGUUUAUGCGUCAUCCUGCAGAUGCCCCUACUUGGAAGUUAGUGGACCAAAAAUGGCCAGAAUUUGGUAAUGACCCUAGGAACCUUAGACUUGCACUUUCAUCUGAUGGUUUUAAUCCCCACAGCUCUUUGAGUAGUAGAUAUUCAUGCUGGCCAGUUAUACUAGUUACGUAUAACCUCCCUCCAUGGCUAUGCAUGAAAAGGAAGUUCAUGAUGCUGACUUUAUUGAUUUCUGGACCUAAGCAACCCGGAAAUGACAUUGAUGUAUACAUGCAGCCCUUGAUUGACGAUUUAAAAGCUUUGUGGGAUGGGAUAGAUGGAGUGUAUGAUGCAUUUAGAGGAGAAUACUUUAAACUGAGAGCUGUUUUGUUUUGGACGAUUAACGACUUUCCCGCUUAUGGGAACUUAUCGGGUAGUGUUACUAAGGCGUACAAUGGCUGUCCUAUAUGUUGUGAGAACACAAAACCACAUCGGCUAUCUCAUGGACAGAAAAUGAGCCAUAUUGGUCACCGGAGAUGGUUACCGCGCCAUCAUCCUUACCGAAGGCUGACCAAAGAGUUCAAUAACUUACCGGAGUUUGAAACUGCCCCUGAACCCUUAAGUGGAGAAGAGGUAUUAAAAAGGGUUGAGGGCAUGACCUAG